UUAAGUAGAAAUUUUGGUUAUUUUUACUUUACUGGAGUAAUUAUUUUUUAGAUGACUUUUUACUUCUACUCCUUACAUUUUCACUCCAUUAUCUGUACUUUCUACUCCUUACAUUUUAAAAAUAGCCUCGUUACUGCCAUUUCAUUUGGACUUGUUUUCAUUCCGGCGUGUCAUCGUUUAAAAAACUCUAUCCUGACUAAUCGCGCCAUCCGGAUAGAGUGAAUUUGAUUGUGGUUGGAUGAGAAGUAUAAACAUAAAAUAUUCCGACAUCCUAUUGGUUUGUACGUGAUCCAUCGCACCUGCACAGGUCACGUCACACUCCAGCGAGGACGUAACAGACGUACGUAGCUUAGUAUAAAGAUGUCCGUGGCAGAGACUCAAGAGAAUUCGAGCGAAGUGUCCCAACUAAGCACCAGCGAGGAGGUUGGUAGCAAGGAAGACCAACCAACCCUUGUACAUCCCUGGCCGUACCUGGAAGAAUUUUUCGAAAUGGUUGGAUGCAAAAACAACUCCUUUCGAAUGCGCUGCAAGCUCUGCGCACCCAAGUACCACGAGCUAAUGGCUUUCAAAAACUCGCCGUCUAAUUUGAAAAAGCAUAUUGAGAAGAAACACCCCACUCGUCUAGAGAGAUGCACGCAACUUACUUCAGCAUCCCUCAAAAGGAAGUCAUCCACUGAAGGUUCUUUGGCCCCACCCUCCAAACAAACCAAGCUGUGGGAGACUCAAAGAGUGUCCCAGGCAAGUGUGGAUAAAGUUGUCCUCAAGUUCAUUGUCCAAGGCUUGCACCCGCCACACGUUGUCCAGCAACAGGGCUUCAUUGAUCUUGUGCAACAUCUUCGGCCAAAUACAAGUGUCAUGACACGCAAUACUGUUGUAAACAAAGUCACAAAGGCCUCUAUUGAAAUGAGAAGAAAACUGAAAGCUGCCCUUAGUGAAAUUGAGUUCAUAGCAACAACAACAGACUGCUGGACGGCACACCGUCGCAGUUUCAUUGGUGUCACUGCACACUGGUUUAACCCCCAGACCUUGCAGAGAUCUUGUGCUGCCCUGGCAUGCAAGCAACUUAAAGGAUCACAUACCUUUUCUGCCCUGGCUGGUGCCCUUAAUGAUAUUCACACAGAAUUCAAUAUCAGAGAGAAGAUCGUUCGCACUACAACUGACAAUGGAUCAAACUUCCUGAAAGCCUUCAGAAUUUAUGGGCAGACUGAUGAGAACAACAAUCCUGAACCUGUAGGAGAGAGUGAUGGAGAAGAGGAUGAUGGUGGCCAAAAUGACAAUGACGAUGAAGAGGAAAGCGUUGAGGGUGUUGAAUUUGUUGAUGCCGGAGCCCUGUUGGAUGAGGAUGACUACUUGGAAUACCAGCUACCUAAGCACCAUCGCUGCGCCUGCCACCUUCUCAAUUUAGUGUCCACAGUUGAUGCUUUGAAAGCAGAGGUCAACCCAUUGUACAAGCGUGUGUCAAGGUCCACAUUUGCCAAAUGCUCUAGCCUGUGGAACAAAAGUUCAAGAUCAACCACUGCAUCUGAAUUAAUUGAAGACCACUGCAAACUCCAAUUCUUAAGGCCUGUUGCUACAAGGUUUACUCCAGUGGAACUUGCAUUUCUUGCAGAAUAUGCGAAGACAAUGAGCCCAGUUGCAAAGGCACUUGAUGUUCUUCAAGGUGAAACCAGUGUGCAGAUGGGAUGGUUGGUCCCCACCAUAACUCUACUAAGGACCAAGCUCCAGCAACUUAACAUUGCCUCCAAGUUCUGUGAGCCUUUGAUUGCUGCACUUCUUUCAGGCCUAGAAAAACGCUUCGGAGAGAUGCUUACAGAUCCAGAGCUGAUAGCCGCAGCCAUUUUAGUUCCCAAAUUUAAGACCUGCUGGACAAGUGACGAGAAUAUCCUCAAACUUGGCCUUGACUAUAUCAGAAGCCACUUGGGCUGUCAGGCCGAGAAUCACAUCAGUGAGGGCUCCCAAUCAUCUGAGGAAGAGGACUUCUUUUCCUCCUUGAAGAAGACCAGCCCUCUUGAAACGACCCAGCAGUUGGAUGCGUACCUGGGGUGCCCAAGAGACACAGCAGUGCCAGUUAUCACUUAAGCUUAAUACGGCACUCCCUGCUUCAGCAGCCUGUGAAAGACUGUUUACUGUUGCAGGGCUGAUCUUCAGGCCAAAAAGAGCACACACUGGCUCAAAGAACUUUGAGAACCAGCUGCUUUUGCGGCUGAACAAAGCCUAUUGGUAACUUUUUGUUGCACAUUCUGUGCUUGACUGAUGUAGAUGCUGAUGUUGAAAGUUGGACCUUGUUGCCAUUAGCUAUAGAAUUGAGCAUAAUACAUAUGAGGAAGGCAUCAAUCAGGA